UAUUUCUCAAUGUCUUCAAACACACGAAUUGAAUGCGGCUAAUAUCCUGCUACGUGCCCCAACCUCAAUCACCAUUUCAUAUAUUCUUUCUAUCCCAAUAGCAAUUCUACAACUGUUCACUUUCCAAUGCCCUCACGUCCUCUUCCUUACAUACUUUUCUUAAGUCUUUGUCUCCUUCAUCUACUUUUCAUGUAAACUAACAUUAUUCAUGCAUGUUUAGUUUCACUUUUUUUUUCAUAAAAAAGUAAUUGUAAAUAGAUUAAACUAGAAUCUUGCUUCCUAAUGUCGCUAGCAGUUUCUUCCUCGCCCAAAAAAUGGAUGACAAAUUGUGUUAUGGUUCUCAACUCACUGUUAUGUUACGUUGUUUUCCUUUUCUUUGAUUUUCUAGAUGCUGUUUUAUGUGUUGUCUAUAGAUACCUUGAUGAGCGUAUUGAAGGUGUGGCCUCUCCUUGUUGUUGCUCUAAAUGGAAGAGACAGAAGAACAAGACUAUGAUGAUUGAUGAUGGUCUUUCAGAUAGUUUGUAUGAGAGGAAGAACGUGUUCAGAGAAAUGGGUUUGCUUCAAUUUAGGAGAAAACAGGAAGAUUCCAAUGGAAAAUGUGGUGGAAGGAAAGUGAAUAGUUGGUCUGAUUGUGGGUGUGACUCUUGUCUUUCAUGGGUCAAUGCUGAUGAUGAUGAUGACUAUAAACUUCAUUUUGUUGUUAAGGAACCCUUCAUAGCUACUGGUGAAAAUUGCAGGGAUGAGCCUUGUGAGAAUGUGAUAUUCUUGCAUGGAUUUAUGUCUUCUUCCUCAUUUUGGACACAGACAGUGUUUCCAUGUUUCUCUGAAAAUGUAAAUCAUAACUAUAGAUUGAUUGCCAUAGACCUGUUGGGGUUUGGAAAGAGUCCUAAGCCAAGAGAUUGUUUGUACACUUUGAAGGAUCAUGUGGAAAUGAUUGAGAAAUCAGUGGUUCAACCAUUGGAGUUAGGUAGUUUUCAUCUGGUUGCACACUCUAUGGGGAGUGUAAUUGCAUUGGCUUUGGCUGCUAAGUAUACCAAUUGUGUAAAAUCAAUUACCCUUGUUGCACCUCCAUACUCUUCUUCUGAGGAAAAAGAUGCUUGUUUGAAAGCACUUGAAAAGUUUGCUGGAAAGAAAUUGUGGCCAAUGUUAUCAGCAGGAUCUUCAUUUAUGUCAUGGUAUGAGCAUUUGAGUCGAACUGUUUGCCUUAUCUAUUGCAGAAAUCACAGGAUAUGGGAGUGGAUUCUAAAGUUCAUUACUCGAAAGAGGGAUCUUAGUUUCUUGAUCACAGACAUGACAAGACAUACUCAUCAAUCUGCUUGGAAUUCCAUGCAUAAUGUGAUAUGUGGAGGAACAAAAUUCAUGGAUAGUUACUUGAAAAUUUUGACAAAAAGUGGAGUUAGAAUAAAUGUUAUACAAGGUGAUAGAGAUCAAGUUGUCCCUAUGGAGUGCAUCAGGGAGUUAAAGUUGAAGGCUCCAAAUGUUGAAAUUAACAUAAUUCCAAAUGCUGACCAUAGCAGUAUGCUAUUAGGCAGAGAGAAGAAAUUUGCACAAAGUUUGGAGCAUAUAUGGACCUCUUCUUGUUGAAAGAAGCUAGUUCAAGUGGUCAAAAAUGAGAAUUUCUUUUUGGGAAUUAGGAUACAUGAAAUUUUUGGUUUUCUUGAAUUAAGAUAUAUGUUGAUUGAGAAAUCAAAUAAAACAAGAAAGAUUAUACCAAAAUAAUUGCAAUAUCAUGCUAGAAUAUACAAUGUUUCAGUGGAAUGAAAUAAGAUUAGAUAAUGGAAUGAAAGCAAAUCAUCCAAAAAUCCUUUGAAU